AUGACGGUUCCAAAUGGUACAGCUCCGGCUUCUGGCGCAGAUGCGCUGGCUGCCAAGUUCAACAAGAUGGGCGUAAACGGAAACGGCGCUCCUCGCAGCGCAUACGUGCCUCCGCACCUGCGCAACUCGGGUGGCAUGUCUGGUUCGGCCCCGGCAUUCAACGCGAGGUCCGACAAUGUUCCUCCUGCGUUCAACGGAGGUGGCUUAAGCAAUGGCGCUCGCCGCGGCGGCGGUGACCGCUGGGACAAUGCCUUCUCUUCCGGCGGACGUGGCGGUGGUUCCGGUGGUCGCAGUGGCGGUGGCGGUGGUUUGAGUAUGGACGGCUACGGUAGCUGGAAAGACGGCCAGCACAUCCCUGGCCCUGUCAACAUGCGCACACAGAAGGAGCUCUUCGGCGACAACGAGGCUCCCACUGGUCAGGGUACUGGUAUCAACUUUGACAAGUACGGUGACAUCCCUGUCGAUGCCUCCGGCCGCGACGUCCCCGACCCGGUCACCGAGUUCACCAGUCCUCCCAUUGAUCCGCAUCUGUUGGAAAACAUCAAGUUGGCUCACUACACCACCCCCACGCCGGUGCAAAAGUACUCGAUCCCCAUCGUCGAGCAGGGUCGCGACUUGAUGGGCUGUGCCCAGACCGGUUCCGGAAAGACUGGCGGGUUCCUUUUCCCCAUCUUGUCUGCCCUUUUCACGCAUGGCCCUCCCCCGCCCCCGCCCGAGAUGGCCAACGGUGGACACGGACGUCGCAAGGCAUUCCCUUCGACGCUCAUCCUCGCCCCGACGCGUGAGCUUGUCUCGCAGAUCUACGAGGAGGCGCGCAAGUUCACCUACCGCUCGUGGGUCCGCCCCGCCGUUGUCUACGGUGGUGCCGACAUUGGCCAGCAGCUUCGCCAGAUCGAGCGUGGCUGUGACCUGCUCGCUGCGACUCCCGGCCGUCUUGUCGACCUGAUGGAGCGCAGCCGCAUCAGCUUGGCCAAUGUCCGCUUCCUUGUUCUCGACGAAGCCGACCGCAUGCUCGACAUGGGUUUUGAGCCCCAGAUCCGCCGCAUUGUUGACGGCGAGGAUAUGCCAGGCGUCAUGGCCCGUCAGACGCUCAUGUUCUCCGCGACGUUCCCGCGCGACAUUCAGCUGCUCGCCAAGGACUUCCUCAAAGAGUACGUUUUCCUCAGCGUCGGCCGUGUCGGCUCCACUUCGGAGAACAUCACGCAAAAGAUCGAAUAUGUCGAGGACGAGGACAAGCGCAGCGUUCUGCUCGACGUACUCGCAUCGAUGCCGUCCGGAGGCCUGACGCUGAUCUUUGUCGAGACCAAGCGCAUGGCCGACAUCCUCAGCGACUUCCUCCUACGCAGUAACAUUGCCGCCACCAGCAUUCACGGUGACCGCACACAGCAGGAGCGUGAGCGCGCUCUGCAGCUCUUCCGCACGGGAAAGACUCCGAUCAUGGUCGCCACCGCCGUCGCGGCGCGUGGUUUGGACAUUCCCAACGUCACGCACGUUGUCAACUACGACCUGCCGUCGGACAUUGACGAUUACGUCCACCGCAUUGGCCGUACCGGUCGUGCGGGUAACACGGGUGUUGCCACUGGCUUCUUCAACCGUGGCAACCGCAACAUCACGCGCGACCUCAUGGACCUCCUUAAGGAGGCCAACCAGGAAGUGCCCUCGUGGCUCGAGGCCGUUGCACGCGAAAGCGCCUUUGGUGGCGGUGGCGGACGCGGCAGUGGCCGUGGCCGCGGCCGCGGACGUGGUGGAAGCGCCAGCUUCGGCGGCCGCGACGCCCGUACUAGCGGCGGCACCGCACCGGCCCGUGGCGGCGCUGGCGGAUUUGGCAGCGGCAGCGGCACUGGCGGUGGCAGCUACGGUGGCCCCCCUCCAAUUGGCGCCUACGGCGGUGGUGGUGGUGGCGGCAGCUACGGCAGUGGUGGUGGCAGCUGGUGGUAA